AUGGUUUCUUCAAAGAACAACGGGUUGCGUGAGACGGCAGGGAUACCUCGUCUGAAAUUGGCAGUCAGAACUCGGCGUCAAUCGUUGACGACACGUGCGGUGUCUCUGCCGCCUUUUCACCCCAAGGAAACAUCGUUCGGGUGCACUAACGCGCAUCCUCCCCUGAUAGCCCAGGUUCCCAAGACGUGGGAUGUAUGUGUGCAUGAUGUGAUCCGUGAGAGAUGUCAGGAAACGCCGGGAUCGCCCGCAGUGAUUGCGUGGGACGGGGCCUUUACGUACGGGGAACUUGACGAGCUGUCAGAUCGCAUUGCGUCGGCCUUGAUGCAGGCAGGUGUGACACCCGAGAAUUUCGUCCCAAUCUGCAUGGACAAAUCGCGAUGGACGACGGUGGCUGUCUUGGGGGUAAUAAAGAGCGGCGCCGCCUUCGCGCUGCUCGAUCCCUCCUAUCCCCUGGCUCGACUUCAAACCAUCUGCCAGGAUCUGGCAAGCGACAUCAUCCUCUCCUGUGCAGCUCGACGCGAGGUCUGCAUGCACCUGGCAAAUGUCAUUGUCGUGGAACACCUGAGCCAAGCGUGGUAUCCCAAUCUCCAGACCUACCGGCCAUCACUCACGGUCCAACCGGGAAAUGCUCUCUACGUCGCCUUCACGUCCGGAUCAACCGGGAAGCCAAAGGGAGUCGUAAUCGAACAUAAGGCGUACAGCUCAGGGGCUAAGGCACAUAUCCAGCAAUUUGGAAUUGAUCAGAACUCCCGGGUAUUGCAGUUCGCAUCCUAUGCUUUCGACGUCAGUGUCAUGGAGACGUUAAGUACACUGAUGGCAGGGGCCUGCCUCUGCGUGUUGGGGGACUGCCAACGAACGGAUACCACUUUGUUCACCGACACCCUGAAGCGGCUCCAAGCCACUCACGCCCUUCUGACGCCGUCCUUUGCGCGAGCUGUGUCGUGGGAUGGAGUCGGCCGCCACUUCACCACGUUGAUCCUCGGCGGGGAAGAAAUGCGGGCCUCCGAUGCUGUUACUUAUGCCCGGCUGGGAAUCCGGUUAAUGAACGCGUACGGCCCAGCAGAGUGUGCUGUCAACGCCACGGUACAGGUCGGCGUACAGCCAGGGGACAAGCUCAGUUGCAUCGGCCACCCUACUGGUGCGGUAGCUUGGGUGACCGACCCUGACAAUCCAGAGCGGCUGAUGCCCCCGGGCAGCAUGGGAGAACUGCUGUUGGAAGGGCCCAUUGUUGGCCGUGGCUACCUCAAUAACCCAGAAGCCACGAAGCGGGCAUUUAUCGACCCACCGGAAUGGCUGCGAGCGGCUCGGACGUUGCCCGCCGAGGAUAGUUCGCACAAACUGUAUCGCACAGGGGACCUGGUGGUGCAGGAGCGCGACGGGGCGCUUAGUCUCCUCGGGCGCAAGGAAGGUCAAGUGAAGAUUCGCGGACAGCGCGUGGAGUUGAGCGAGAUUGAACAACACAUCUAUCAGCUCCUUCCCCGGCCAACGGAGGUGGUGGUUGAGAAAGUGACCACUUUAUCCGACCAACGCGACAGUCUGGUCGCUUUCGUCCUGCAGAGAGGAAAGACGGACGAAACAACCGGCAAAUCAAGCCCGUUGUUCUUGGCCCCUCAGCCUGCUGUACUCCAGGUAUUCGGCGCUGCUCAGAGCCAGCUUCAGGAGCGACUCCCCAGUUACAUGAACCCCUCCGUCUUCAUUCCCCUCGCCCGAGUCCCUGUGACCCCGUCAGGAAAGGUCGACCGGGCCAUUCUGCGCGCAUCAGCAGCCCUCUUGUCGCGACAGGAGCUGCAAGCGUUCGCAGGGUUAUCCAUCGACCAUGACGAUCGUUCUGCCAUCACCACGGCAGAAUCCACGUUGCAGCGACUAUAUGCAGAAGUGCUCGGGCUUCCUAUCACCACCAUUGGCAUGAACGAUUCUUUCGUCCGCCUCGGGGGCGAUUCCAUCCUCGCCAUUCGUCUGGUGGGAGCUGCCCGCCAAGCGGGGCUUAUAUUUACCGUUCGAGACGUACUCGGAACCAGGCGCCUGGAGGAGCAUGCGCGAACAGCCGUUUUUGUAUCCGAAAGGUCGUCCUUCGGAGCUAAAAGCGCGGAAUAUGACUACGUUCCUUUUUCGUUAUUGGGGUCCAAGGGGGAGCAGACGCGUGCCGAACUGGUGCGUCUAGCAGCGGAACAAUGUAGCGUUGCCACAGAGGAUAUCGAGGACCUUUACCCAUGUACGCCACUGCAGGAAGGCAUGGUGGCUAUGUCGAUGCGCCAGCCACACAUGUACGUUGGCCGAAUCGUUUUUCGUAUCCCGGAAGAUGUCGACCAUACCCGAAUUCAGGGCGCAUGGCAGGCCACGGUGAAUGCCAACGCCAUACUCCGUACGCGCAUUGUCCAAGGUUCUCAGGGGCUGUGGCAGGCCGUUGUGGCGCGAGGUCAGGGGUUGACUUGGGAAACCACAGCGGACUCUCCUGCAUGGACAACCGAGCCGACCUCACUGGCCACGAGCUAUCUGGGUGUGCCCCUCGUACGAUGCACUCUUGGAAAAAGGGAGUUCGCCCUCGUUAUCCACCACGCGGUGUGGGACGCCUGGUCGAUGCGACUGAUCCACGAUGAAUUCGAGCGGGCCUUCCAGGGGGAACUCCUGCGAGAAAGGCCCUUCUAUCCAUUCAUCCAGUAUCUACAGGGAAUAGAAGGCAUGGAUGAGUUCUGGCGCAACGAACUGGCCGACUGCGAGGCACCCGCUUUCCCAGCGCUGCCCUCAGUGCACCAUCAACCAACCCCAACAGCGACGUUCCAGUACCGCAUUGAAAACAUCGAGCGGACGUCUCGCAGUCAAACCAUGGCCAAUUACUUGCAGUUAGCCUGGGCAUUUCUCAUAGCGCACUAUACCGACUCCACGGAGGCUGUUUACGGUGUGACUGUCAGCGGCCGCAACGGGCCCCUCGUGGGCAUUGACGAGCUGGCAGGCCCAACUAUAGCCACAGUGCCGAUGCGCGUAAGCGUGCAGCCGUCGGACUGCAUAACGGCGACAUUAGAGCAAAUCCAAGCCCGCGGAGUGCGCAUGAUCCCGUACGAGCAGGCCGGGUUGCAGCGCAUCGCACGCACAAGCGCCGACGCGGCCAAUGCAUGCCGCUUUCAGAGCCAUCUCAACAUUCAAGUCGUCGACGAUCACGCCGAUAGGCGCUUUUCUGUGGUGCAGGGAACCGUAGUGAGUGGGAUGGAUCUGUCUAGGUUUUCCAGCUACGUCCUGAACCUCCUUGUGGAGCUGAGCCCUGAUAAUGGCACGGUCACGGUAAAUACAACGUAUGAUCCGAAGAUUCUAAGGGCCGCGGAGGUCGAGCGCAUGAUCCAUCAAUGGGAGCAUCUUCUGCGCCAGAUCUGUCGAUCCCCAACGGGAACCAUUCAAGAGCUUGACCUCGUUGGCCCCCGGGACUGGGACCAGAUACAGGCCUGGAAUGCUGUCGUGCCAUCCGCGGACCGCCGCUGCCUGCACCAUCUUGUACGGGCACAGGAGAUGCGGCAUCCAGAGCGUCUAGCUGUGUUCGCCUGGGAUGGCCAGCUCACAUACCAGCAGCUAGCAGUCCUGUCAUCCAGACUCGCCCGGCGACUCCGUCUAUUGGCAGUUGGUCGCGGGUCUUUCGUGCCCAUUUGCCUGGACAGGAGCCGCUGGUCCAUCGUCGCCAUCCUCGGGGUGCUCCAGGCCGGCGCUACAUGUGUCCUCUUAGAUCCUCAGCACCCACGACAACGCAUGCGGGACAUUGUCGCCGGUUUGGAUGCCCAUCUUUUCAUCAACGCACCCACGACAGCCACCGUGACCAAGGGACUCGGUGCAAUCGAGCUCCAGCUGUCGUCGAGACUCACUGAACAGUUGUGGGGAAACUCCGUGGAGGAAUCCUCAAACCAAAUGUACAACAACAACCCGAAUGUAGAUCCGGAAGACCUGGCUUUCGUGAUCUUCACAUCUGGAAGUACGGGUCAGUCGAAGGGAAUUGCCAUGCCGCAUCGCACAAUCAGCACCAGCAUCCGUCACCACAGUGCCGGCAUGAGAAUUGACGACAAGACACGCGCCCUACAUUUCUCAUCUUAUGCAUUUGACGUCAGUAUUUACGAGAUAUUCACGACGCUCGCCGCAGGCGGCUGUGUCUGCGUGCCAUCAGAGCACGAGCGCACCAACCAGCUGGCCGAGUUCAUCCAACGAGCAGCCGUGAAUUGGACUUUCUUGACGCCAUCAGCCGUACAGGCCCUCCAUCCGUCUGAAGUUCCUGGCCUCACCACCCUGGUCCUAGGUGGCGAAGCGGUAACGCAAGAGAACGUCGACACCUGGGCUACCUCUGAUCGGUCACUGAUCAACGGAUAUGGGCCCGCCGAAGCGACCAUCUGCGCCGUUGGCUCGAUCCCGGAACAAGGCUGGAGGCCCGGAGGCAUUGGCCACGUCGUUGGAGGAAUCGGAUGGGUCACCGUGCCCUCAGAUCCCAGCCGGCUGGCGGCCGUCGGAGCUAUCGGCGAGCUGCUACUGGAAGGGCCAUUUCUCGCCCAGGGCUACCUCCACCGGCCCGAGAUCACCGCUGCUUCAUUCAUCGACCCCCCUGAAUGGCGCCGGCAGUGGACUCCCAGCCGAGUCGCUGACGCUAGCGAGGCUGCUCAGCCGCACGAGACGCGGCUUUAUCGAACGGGGGAUCUUGUGCAAUACCAGGAAGAUGGAUCGAUUCGAUACAUCGGGCGCCGAGACACACAAGUCAAGCUUCGCGGUCAGCGCAUUGACCUCGGGGGAGUUGAAACGCAGGUCGGGCGGAUGUUUCCUGGCGCCGGCGACGUGGCUGCGGAAGCAAUUCAGCUCCCCAUUCUCUCUAACACUAUCUUGUUGGUUGCCUUUGUUCACUGUCGAGAAGGCCACAGCACAGUUGUGGAGGAAGGACCAGUCCCCGUCGAUACCAUUGCAGGAUUUCGAGAUGCCGUGGACCAGACGCAGUCCCGCCUUCAGUCCCUGCUUCCAUCGUAUAUGGUGCCCUCCAUGUUUGUACCAGUCGGCCGGAUGCCGAAAACGGUGACAGGCAAGACAGACCGCCGUCGUCUGCGCCAGGCGGUGCUCUCGCUUUCGGCACUAGAUCUCCAGAGUUAUCGUGUGAUGACCAGCCGCCAGGCGAUCAUCCCUGUUGCGACUGAUGCGGAGCGUCGGCUUCAAGAAAUCUGGGCACAGGUACUUCGGAUGCCGCGGGAGGAGAUCGGAUCAAACGACGGCUUCACAUUGCACGGAGGAGACUCGGUGACGGCCAUGUGGAUGGUGGCCCUGGCCCGCCGCGCUCACUUCAACUUUACUAUUGCUGACGUCCUUAAUAACCAACCUCUGUGUGACCUGGCUAGAAAUACCAAACAAGCGCUACCUUCCGCAGUGACGGAGUUGGCGUCGUCAUCGGCCGUUGCACCAAGUAACAGGUUGCCGAUCCACCAAAUCACAGCUGCCCUCGAACAGACCGGACUGUCCUUGAUCCCAGCUGAAGAUAUCGCCGUUCAUCCAGCCACGCAGGCUCAGUCCUUCCUCAUCCAGCGGUAUCCGUGGACCCACUGGCAAUUUUCAUUCUCCGGGCAUGUCGAUGCGGACCUCCUAGGUACGGCAUGCACGCGCCUUGUGGCUGCCCACAGUAUCCUGCGCGCUCUGUUUGUCAAACCAAGUGCUGGGGCUGCGCCGGUUCAGAUCAUUCCGAAAGCACUCGACACCCCUUUCCACACGGUCACUACUCCAGAUAACAUUGACCUAGACGACUACUGUCAAACAUUGUGUAACGCGGAUCAAAAGCUGGAUGUUCUUACUACCGUGCCACCCGCUCGAUUCAUGCUGGUCUCUAACCCCCUGCGCACGGCACAAACUCUUAUCCUGCGACUAUCUCAUUCCCAGUAUGACGGGAUAUGCGUGCCAAAAAUCGUGGCUGAUCUCGAGGCCCUCUACAAUGGGACAGUUCCAAUCACCGCGACACGAUUCGAGAGGUAUCUCGACGAACGGCGUGAGUACGAAGUCUCCGCGGUCGCCCACAAAUUCUGGCGCGAGUAUCUGGCCGGCUCGAGUCCCUGUUCCGUCUCGAUCUUUGCGUCAAGUUCUCUUGAUUCCAGUCACAGCUCCUCGUCUCUCGUGUCUGCAUCUCAAACACUUGGAUACACUGCUCUGCCGCCACAAGUUACUCUAGCGACAGUCGUUAAAGCUGCUGCAUGCCUGGUUCUAGCGCGCCACGCCGGUCACACCGACGUCGUGGUGCGGCAGACUGUCAACGGCCGCAGCCUGCCCCUCGCCCAAAUUGACGAGAUGGUCGGGCCUUGUGUCAGUUUCAUCCCAUUCCGAGCCACUUUGAAAGCGGACAUGACGGUCCAGGACUACUUGGUGCAUACGCAAACUCAGCACACGCGCAGCCUCGACUCAGAGAACGUUGAACUCGACACGAUCAUACGAGAAUGCACCAAUUGGGGACCACCGACGGUAUCUAGACCCGGCUUUAUCCUGCAGCAUCAGAAUAUCGACAUGGACCUACACCUGACUCUAGCAGGUAACCGCUGCUUCUCUUUUUCUUCAUCCGGCCGACUGCGUCCAGGGUCUGAGAUCUGGAUUUGUUCAACGCCGCGACCAGCCGGGGUGGAGGUGGAGGUUGUCGCCUCUGAGAGGAGUCUGACGGCAGAGACAGCAAGAAACUUGACCCGUGAAGUAGUCGACGUGAUGCGUUCUCUGCUUGAUGACGGCAAGAGGGUACUGGGAAGUUUUGACGGGUUGAAUUGGGGUGUUUAA